AUGUCACAGGAGACAGACAAUAAGCGUCUGGUGGUGGUGGUCCCCAAUGAGAGCUCCUACCCUGCAGUGCGGCGGGCCUUCACGAGUGAGGACGAGGCAUGGAGGUCAUACCUGGAGAACCCGCUGACAGCUGCCACCAAGGCCAUGAUGAGCAUCAACGGGGACGAGGACAGCGCCAACGCCCUGGGCCUGCUCUACGACUACUACAAGGUGCCGAAAGAAAAAAGGCUUCUGCCAGUUCCCAAAGUCGUUGAAGUUACAGAGGAGCAUGAGAAGAGGUCUGCAUUGCCAAACAACCCCACCGGCCAAAGCGAGGUGGAGACAGUGGACAACCGUGUUCAGGUCCUCAAGUCCGUCCCCGUCAACCUGUCGCUGAAUACGGAGCACCAAGAGGCCAAACGGGAGCACUUCAGCUCUGCCGAGGCAGCACCGGGGGACGGGGGCCCACAAGCCGUGGCCCUGGUGAAGGCCGAGGUGUAUGCGCCCGUCUUCAUGGCGGGAACAGGGCUGCACUACAGGGUGGAGGGGGACGAGCCGUCGAGGGUGAUCUACGAACCGAGUCCGUACGAGGUGACCAACGUCAGUCACAGCUCGUAUGUGAAAGAAGACCAGCAGAGUCCGCCGGACAGCCCGUACGAAGAGGAGCGAGACGGGAAGUACCACACACCUUCCUCUCUGGCUACAAAUGAUUUCUUAUUUCACCAGGAGGGAAUUGACAGCUUCCAGUACACGCUGGAUGCGACACGCUCGCUGCGUCAGAAGCAGGGCGAGGGACCGAUGACCUACCUGAACAAAGGCCAGUUCUACGCUGUGACGCUCAACGAGCUCAGUGCCAACAAACGCCUCCGCCACCCCAUCAGCAAAGUUCGGAGUGUGAUCAUGGUGGUGUUCAGUGAAGACAAGAACCGAGACGAGCAGCUGAAGUACUGGAAGUACUGGCACUCUCGGCAGCACACAGCCAAACAGAGAGUGUUAGACAUUGCUGAUUACAAGGAGAGCUUCAACACAAUUGGCAACAUCGAAGAAAUCGCCUACAACGCCAUCUCCUUCACCUGGGACGUGAACGAAGAGGCCAAGAUCUUCAUCACAGUGAACUGUCUGAGUACAGACUUCUCCUCUCAGAAGGGGGUGAAGGGUCUCCCUCUGAUGAUCCAGAUCGACACGUACAGCUACAACAACCGCAGCAACAAGCCGCUGCACAGAGCCUACUCACAGAUCAAGGUCUUCUGUGACAAGGGAGCCGAGAGGAAAAUAAGGGACGAGGAGAGAAAACUGUUCCGCAAGAAGUCAAAAGGUUUGAGCUGCAUGACAAGUCUUUUUGAUUGUAAAGACGGAGGUGUCGGCGUGAUAACCGCACCCAAGAAGUCCGACACCACUUAUUUCAAGACUCUGAGCGACUUGGAGGCUCAGCCUGUUCUCUUCAUCCCCGACGUUCACUUUGGCAACCUGCAGAGGGCCGGACAGGUAGACCUACACUUACAUUCUUCUUCUUCUCUGAACAGAAGUGAAAGAACUUGUUUUAUCUGCAGACAAGUGACAUUGGAGCCACAGCUUAAUGACCUGAUGGCUCUAUUUGAGCUCCAGAUCAAAAACAUUGUGUUUACCUUCAACACGGAGGAGAUCGAGAGAGAAGGGAGCGUGCUGGUGAAGAGGAUGUUCAGGUCGUCAGAUGAAGAUCUGUGUCCGUCACCUCACAAACAGAUCAAAGAGGAGACACACAAGAGAGUGCUUUUGUACGUGAGAAAGGAGACGGACGAGGUGUUUGACGCUCUGAUGCUGAAGUCUCCCACGCUCAGAGGCCUGAUGGAUGCUAUUUCAGAGAAGUACGGCGUGGCCCCAGAGCGGAUAGCCAAAGUGUACAAGAAAAGUAAAAAAGGGAUCCUGGUAAACAUGGACGAUAACAUCAUCGAGCAUUACUCCAACGAAGACACCUUUAUCCUCAACAUCGAGAGCUACGCAGAAGCCUACAAGAUCACGCUGACGGAGAUCUGACAGCUCGUCAGCCGACUCGAAGGACCUCAGAUUGAGACGAAAAGGACGCUGUGACUGCUGGUCGGCUGAAAUCUACGAGGCUGCUAUUGAUCGGCUGAUAAGCUGACAGACAGUAUUGGAGACAGUCCACUGAUGGCGUUAGUCCCACACCCUGAGGUCAGCGCCUGACCCCUCUCUGACACUGUUACACUAUGAAGCAAGUCGUACUGUCUGUGCCGGAGGACAACGACACUAAUGAAAAGAGGACAUUAUAGAAAGUCUUAUGAACUGGUUAUAUUUACUUCCUCAUUGUACUCAUCCUAUACGUUGGCAGAUAAAUGGAGCAUAGAUCCAUGUCCUCCACUGUAGGUGAAUAUUUUAUUGUAAAAAAAAACAACAUUUCUGUACAGUUUUGUGUUUUUGCCAAAUAACACAUGAUGAAAUGCCUGAUGUACUGUAUGUAGCUUGAAUUAGUUGGUCUUAAUUAAGUUAGUUUCUCUGCAUGCCAACCUUUGUUUUUAUUUAGUUGUGUUAUUAUUUAUUAAUGACAAUGUUUUGCAUUUAUUUAGCAGUUUAUCCAAGGAUUUCAAGUACUUUACAUUUCAACGACUUGGUUUAUAGUCACCCUCUCUACGAGUACUCAAGGAGUUUUUUAAAUGGCUUAUCUCUAUUUUUCAGCCAUGUUGUAACUAUUUACACGUCAACAAAAAGCUUAAAUGUUUAUUUGUAGGACCUAACAUGAGAUGGAAAUGGCUUGAAAGAAAAACACUGGAAACAACUUAUGUCGGGUGACUAAUGGCACUUGGCCUUGUGUGCUUGGCUGUAUUGAAAAAUGAAUAAAGGUCAAAAAACAUAAGAGAUGUCGUUUUUUGUUAAAAAUACAACUAAGAGUGAUGCUGUACCUAUGCCACAGGUUUACUGUGGAGUCCAGUCCUCAUCACUGUCACUGCUUUCUAUCUCACUGUCCUCACUUUCUGGUGGGAUUUCCCUUAUGCUCUGGUU